UGUCACCCUUGUCAUCGAUGCACCGGGAGUUGUUCUGUCAAACAAUAAGAGUGGAUAGUUGUCGCAUUGUAGCAGUGAAUUGAUCCCAUUGUCGUUCGACAUGGGAGACGGCAAGGAGGGCGAACGGCAGCCGUUGCUGAAAAAUAAGAAUAUUAGCGUCACCGAUACAGCGUAUAGCUCGCAGAGCGAUGCGAUCGACGAGACGCAAUCCACAGUCAACACCGUCUCCCCGAUCGGACCGGACGAGCUGCCGCCGCCUUUCCAGUCCGCCAGUCAGGGUGGUAUGCCAAUGGUCACCUGCAGAGUUUGUCAGGCGAUGAUAGACAUUUCUGGCAAGAGAGAUCAACAUGUUGUCAAAUGUUGUCAGUGUAACGAGGCUACACCCAUACGGAAUGCUCCACCUGGCAAGAAAUAUGUACGAUGUCCGUGUAAUUGUUUACUUAUAUGCAAGAGCUCUUCGCAACGUAUUGCCUGCCCAAGGCCAAAUUGUAAACGUAUUAUCAAUCUGGCACCAAGUCCUAUUACUCCACCAGUUCUAUCCAUGCCAGGCAUGUGCAGGGUAGGCUGUGCUCAUUGCCAUGAUACAUUCUUGUUCAAUACAUUAAAUAAUGCUUUGGCUCGAUGUCCACAUUGUCGUAAAAUAUCUUCAGUUGGCCCAGACUUUGCCAGAGGAAGAGGGAUUGUAUUUAUUAUUGUUGGGAUUAUAACAUUAAUAAUUGCUAUAGGUGUAACAGUUGGGACCUACAAAUAUGUAAAAACGAGUGGUGGGAUUUAUGUAGCUUAUGUUGGUGCAUUUUUACUGGCACUUUUGUGCUUGGGACGCAGCAUUUAUUACUGUACAAUGAAAAUCAGUUUGAUAGAGGGUCCUAUGUAGUCUCCCAAAUAAUAAUGGACAACCAAUUAUUCAAAAACCGAUCCCAUUAAAAUGAAUGUCAUAUAAUCUAUUUAGAUCAAAUGUUUAUAGUAAUGUGACAUUUCAAAUCCUUUUUAAGGAAAAGCGAUAGUUGUGUACACAUGGCCAUAUGUGCGUGUGCAGACCUGUAUUGUUUAUCAUCAUAAUGCAUGUAUAAUCUUGCAUGUAUUCUUACAUAAUACGCAUACACACAUGAACGUGUUUCGCGAUCAGGAAGAAAGAAAACGUUUACGACGCUUUCCUCAGGUAAAAUAAUGACCGUAGGAAAACAAAUCUCUCUUGGAAGCCUGUAUUUUAUGAAGAAUUGUUCCUCUGCACUUUUAUAUAUGCAAGCAUAGGACCAAUAACAUAUGGGCUCCGAUUUUUAUUUUCAAUCUACUGACUAGAAUACGCUCUAUAUAUACAUGCUUUCUACAUCACAUCAAACACACUACACGUAUUAAAUGCACACAAGUAGAAUCAAAGUGCAAACGUGCUCAUAUUAUGCGUAUAUAUACAAUAAGUUUUACAACCCAUAUAUAAGUCUAUGCGAACUGUGUUUUUAAAUUUGUUCUUACAUUGUUUAAUAUACAAACACCUGUAUCGAAGAUAUAAGAAGAUCGCAUGAUUUCAAAUAAAUUUCUGGUUUCAUAUGGGUUUUGGUAUAUAAAUUGUGUAGGAUAAAAAUGUAUAUAUUAAUUAUAACAAUAUUAGACAAUGCAAUUAGACAACACGAAUCCAAAUAUUAUUGUUAGGUAAAAAAUGCUGUGCAAUUCCAAAAUUCUAACUGUCACCGAAGUUAUUGUAAGGUACACACGGGUUGACUUGAUCAGUCAUAAAAGUAAAAAUAUAUUUCUUUUAGUAUUA